UGUCGGACAAAAUUUUCUUCAAUCUAUGUGUAUGGAUCCUGGCGUAUAUCAUCCAUGUCAAGUCAAUCAACGUCGGGAUGAAUCCCGAUUGAAAUUUGAAACAAAAUUAUAUUCAAUCGAAAAAAUAGAUUUUGAUGUAACACAAUGUACAAGCUGUUUUAUUGUUAAACCGCCUCGUACACAUCAUUGUCGUUACUGCGGUUAUUGUAUAGAUACGAUGGAUCAUCAUUGCCCGUGGUUAUGUAAUUGUAUUGGUCGUCGAAAUUAUCGUUUCUUUUUGUUAUUUUUAUUCACUCUAUUAAUUCAUGUUAAUAUAACUUUCAUUUGUUCGUUGUACUUAAUUAUUGCAUUACGAGAAAAUCUUCUACAAGUAAAAGUCAUCGUCUCAUUCAUACUUGUAUUUUGUACGACAAUACUUACUGGACUUGUCGGUGGUCUAUUUGGACUUCAUGUUAUAUUUGUUUCGAAGAAUAUAACAACAUUUGAACAAGUAACUUGA